GUGAGACGUUUAUUGACAAUAUGGCUGCCGAACUGGGUUUCGGAUUUGCAGAAAUAUUUUAAUUGACAGCGCUAGCCGUGGCUGCGACAAUAACCCGUUUCCAGCUCAGGAGUGUACGCGACAGUUGCAUUUGAAUGAAGACAACCGCGAAUCCACGGGAUGGUGUCAGUGAGCUGAGGAAACGUCCAGAGUGUGAAUCCCGUCAUGUCGUUUUUCAAGAGGAAAGCCAAAAGCAAAGAACCUGAGAAAGGGACAGACGCUAAAGUCAAUAGAGCUCCAACAAGCCCUCAAUCUCCAGGACUAAGGAACCACCAUGCCAUCCAGGAAGCUGCUGGGCCGAGCCACGUGGCCAUCAGCGCCAUCUCGGCCAACAUGGACUCCUUUGCCCGCGGUCGCACCGCCAUCCUCAAGAAGCAGCCGAGCCACAUGGAAGCGGCGCACUUUGGAGAUCUCGGUCACUCCAGUGUGAACUAUCAGCCCCAGGAGACGCGCUCUCGCAUGUCCAAGACGGUUGAACAGGCCCUUCAGGACAAUGUCGCGAUACCCCACUUCAUGCAUUUCAUGGAACUACGAGGUGCAGACCACCUGGUUCGGUUCUGGCUGGAGGCUGAGAGGUUCCGCUCCACCAGCUGGUCACGUGUUAGAGCGCAUAGUCUAAACUCUGUCAAACACAGCUCCUUGGCUGAGCCGGUCUCUGCGUCUCCAGAUGGCUCAGAGCUUUCAGAACUCACCCAGAAAACGCCCAAUGUCCUUGCACGGCACAGUAAUAGCGAAGGCUCUACAGUUCAGACUCAGCAGCGGGACUCAUCCAGCACAGAAACAGGAGCGAGACCCGGUACGCCUCGAACAGCAACACCCAGCAGGCAGACAUCCUCCAGGACGGGGACCCCUCUUAAGGUGCAGUCAAACAGCACCCUGCGAGACCUCUCUGACACACUCAUGAAAAGUAUAGAGAAAGAUGCUGUUACUAUCUUCACCAAGUACAUCUCUCCAGAUGCUGUGAGGCCCAUCCCCAUCACAGAACAGAUCAGAAAUGACAUAGUUGCUAAGAUUUGUGGAGAAGAUGGCAUGGUGGACCCAAACUGCUUUGUCAUUGCACAGUCGGUAGCCUUCGCUAUCUUGGAGCAACAGCACUUUAGCGAAUUCCUGCGGAGCCAUCAUUUCUGUAAAUACCAGAUUGAAGUGUUGACUAGUGGCUCUGUGUUCUUGGCUGACAUCUUGUUCUGUGAGUCAGCUCUUUUCUACUUCUCUGAGUACAUGGAAAAGGAAGAAGCAAUGAAUGUACUGCAGUUCUGGUUGGCGGCAGACAACUUCCAGAACCAGCUAGCAGCUAAAAAGGGCCAAUAUGAUGGCCAGGAGGCUCAAAAUGAUGCCAUGAUUCUCUACGACAAGUAUUUCUCACUCCAGGCUACCAACCCUCUGGGCUUCGGUGACUCUGUGCGGAUGGAGAUAGAGUCAAAUAUCUGCAGAGAGGGAGGGCCACUCCCUGACUGUUUCACCACUCCACUCAGACAGGCUUGGACAACCAUGGAGAAGGUCUACAUGCCAGGUUUCCUGUCCAGCAACCUUUACUACAAAUACCUGAGUGACCUCAUCAAUUCAGUGCGGGCCGAUGAGUUUGUGAAUGUCAGCACUCCAGGUCAGGGCGGACCGAUGGACAAUGACCGCUCAAGUUCAAAUGUCAGCGAGAGCUCUCACACUCAGCAAAGUGCCAGAAAGGCAGCAAUCAAAAUCCUCAAAAACUUUGAUGAGGCGAUAACGGUGGACGUUGCCAGCCUGGACCCUGAGGCCUUGUACCAGCGGCCGUAUGCUGGAAGGAUGACAUUUGGGAAAGUGAAUGAGCUGGGCCAGUUUAUCAGGGAGGCAGAGCCAGAGCCGGAUGUGAAGAAAUCCAAAGGUUCCAUAUUUUCUCAAGCCAUGAAGAAAUGGGUCCAAGGCACCUCGGAUGAGGCCCAGGAGGAGAUGGCGUGGCAGAUUGCCAAGAUGAUUGUCAACGACGUUGUCCACCAGUCAAACCACGACAGCCCCGGCAAGGCCACCAAGUUAUGACCCCACUGAGGAGCCAAAGGACUGUCACUCCCUACAGAUUCUGGCCAAGCCAGUGAUAAACAGUACACAGAGUUCACACUGCAAUGAACUGCAUUACUCUGAGAAAGAACAAGGCAUUUUAUCACUUCUCCAACCACCAGGUGUGCAUGUGUGUGUGUUCGUGUAGCUGAGAGCUUGGAUGAGUGAUUGUUCACGCUUGGGCUAAUAGAAAACUUGAAGUACAUCAUUGUUCCACUCUUCCUGCUCCUUAACACUAUAAAGGUACACGUGUUGACGCCGAGAGUAAAGCGAAAUGCAACAGACUGGAGGAAGGAAACUUUUGGCAUGAUACCAGGAGAAGCUGCAGCAUGUCAGUCAACACUCUCACUUUUGUCUUAUCUCGGACCUGCGGAGGAUGCAACAAUAGCAACGUUUUGUUCACUACUUGAUGACACACCUCCCCACGCUUUUUAUAAUCAUUCCUUGUUUUUACAUGAACUUCUGUCUUUUGGUCAGCCGCUUAAAGGUUUGUUGGUUUGGAGCGUUGUACAGUUUUUGCAUACGCUUCCAUGAGGCUGCCCAGAGAGGCAUUGCCAGCUGUUUACUGGUGUUAGCUGACGUAGCUUUACUUGUUUGGUACUGUACAACAUCUGGAAAUGUUACAGUGAAGAAGAGUGGAUUCAGUUCUUGGACUUGUGGACCUGUAUAAAUAUCCUGGCACCUUUACAGAGCAUAGAAGAAAAUACUCCCAGUUGUGUUGGAAAACUCCAAAACUCCUUGUCCUAAAUGUUCUAUGUAUAAAUAUCUAUUUAGAUUUCUGGUUUACCCCAAAUAUUAAUGUUAAUUUUUUAUGGUGAUUGCUGAUUUUUUUGUUUUGUUUUUGUUUUGGCUGUUUUUUGUUUUUUUUUAAAUAUGUCACUGAAACAAACUUCAGUGAUGAGUGGACUGUUUAACUGGAAGGUGAAAUAAAUGAUUUUUUAGGUUUUUUUUGAGCCUUACCAAGAUGUGGAUAAGAACCAGAACAGACUCUUGGUACUAUGUACCACUAAUGACAUCUAUGUG